CAGUCAGUGCCUGAUGUUCAUCGUGAACGCACAUGUUUUAAUUUUUUUUUUUGUUUAUUUAUCAGUACACUUGUGCACUAUCAAUAAACUUUUAUAUUAAUUAUUAUUUUUUACAAGUAUUAUUGUGCUUGAUAAACUCUCAGUGAACUACAUCAAAUAUUUAUUUAUUUAUUGUUUGUUAAUAAAAGAGAAAGUAUAGUAAAGAAAAAAUUUUUUUUUUCAAGUGACGUAUAGGAUUUUUUAACGUGAUUAUAAAUCAUUUAAUAUUUAUAUAAUAAUAAAAAAAUUAAAAUAAAUUGGAGUAAAAUACUUUUUGUGCCACGCGCUGUGAUCACGUGGUUCACGCCAUCAUAUCGACCGAAUUUUAGAGCUUGUCAUUGGUUAGCUGCACGUCACGUGAUUAAAUACUCUGACGUUUUUUAACUCCCACUAUUUAUUUUUGUGUGUGAUGACAGAGAGAAAGAGAGAGAGAGUGUAUAUGUAUGACCGGCUGGGUGAACAACAGUGAACAACAUACAUAUAUUGCAAGUUGAACACAAUUGAAAGGAAUGAGGAAGAAAAAAGAGAUAAAAAAAUUUUACACAAAGAAAACGUAAAAAGGACACCUUGGAUGUGACGGAUAAAACCUUUGUCAUCAUCAAUAUCCAAGGAUAAUAAAUAUAUUUAAUAAAAUUGUGCUUAAUAAUUACAUAAAUAAAUAAAAAUAAUAAAUUUUUUUAUUUUAAAAAUAAAACACCUGUGUUAGUUAAAAAAAAAAGAAAAAAAAAUUGACAGUUUGAGCACAACCUGCUCACACAAAUAUAAGUUUCAUCAUGUUCAAAAUUAUUAUUACAACACAUUGAAGGUCAAUAUCAUUUUACUUUUUCUAAUAAAAAAAAAAAAAACAAUAAUUAAAAAUCAAUAAUUUGAGGUUGGAUUAUUAUAAAUUUUGUAAAUUAAAUUUGAUAUUUUUUAUUGUGACACAAUGACAGUGAUAAAAAAAAUAUAAUUUAAUUAAAAAUUAAUAUUAUUAAUUGUGUUUUAUCAAUAGUUGUGAGUCAUUUGUUGAUAAUAAUUUGUGAUAAUUGACUAAACCAAGUGGUUUGAUAAAUAAAAAUGUACAGUAUGAAUUACAUUGGUAAAUUUAUAAGUAAUUUUCGUGAUUUUUAUAAUGAAAUAAAUGCAGCAACAUUAACUGGUGCAAUUGAUGUUAUUGUUGUUGAGCAAGAUGAUGGAUCAUAUACAUGUUCACCAUUUCAUGUGAGAUUUGGAAAAUUAGGAGUGUUAAGAUCACGAGAAAAAGUUGUUGAUAUUGAAAUAAAUGGAGAAGCUCAAAAUAUACAUAUGAAACUUGGUGAUUCUGGUGAGGCAUUUUUUGUUGAAGAAGUACCACUUGAUGGUAGUCAUAAUGAUUCAGAUAUACCACCACAUCUAGCAUGCUCACCAAUACCAGAUGAUAAUUUAUUUCCUCAACGUAGAUUUCAACUAUUAUCAAAUUUACCAAAAGAACAACAUGAAAAAAUACUACGUGAUUCAGUAUUAUCAAUUGAACGUGAAAAAUUACAACAAAUGUCAUUAUUACCAUCAAAUAAACGUGAAAAUUAUUUAAUUGAACAAUUUCCAGAUUUACCAGCAGAAUAUCGUGAUAAAUGGCUUAAAAUUGAAUAUGAAAAAAAAACAUAUGAAGAAAAAGAUGAAAUAUUUCGUGAAAUAUUAAGUACAAUGUCAACAUUACAAAAACAACAAAUGAUUAGAGAUAAAUAUUCAUCAUUAAAAAUUAAAGAUAGAGAAGAUUUAUUUAAAAAAAAUUUUCCAGAAUUACCAGCUGAACAAAGACCAUUAUUUGAAAAAGCAUUAUUAAAUGAUUGGCGUUCAAAUGAUGAUAAAAUAAUAAUAAAUAAUAAUAAAAAUAAUACAUCAAUAAAUACUGAAGAAGAAGAAAUAUUUGAUAUGGAAAAUAUUGAUAAUAUUGAUGAUGAUAAUAAAAUAAAUAUACCAACACCAAAAUCAUUUAUUGCUGUAACAUCAACUGAUAGAAUACGUAAAAUAUCUGUUGUUAAUAAUGAUUUUAUACCAAUAAAUGAUGAUACACAAAGUUCAACAAAAGAAAAAUCAAGUGAUGAAUCAAAUACAAGUAUUGAUCCUAAAAAAAAUAAAGAUGAAAUACAAGAAGAUGUUAAAAUAACAUUAUCAUCAUCAAAAAGAAAGAGAAAAAGAAAAAGUAUUAUGAAAAAAAAGGGUUCACAAAGAAAAGCUAGUAAUGGAAGUAGUAGUCAAACUGAAAUUAGUGAAAAUGAUGGUAUUAUUAUUGAUGAAUCAAUAAAUGAUAUUAAAAAUCCAAGUCCAGUUGUUGAGGAUAAUGAUAAAAUUCAAAUUGAUACAUUAAAUCAUGCAUCACCACCACCACCACCAAGUGAUUAUCAUUUUUUCAGUGACACUGAAGUGACAAAGAACCGGGAUUCUAGGCCUAGUUCACCAGUACAAUCAGAUACUGAAUUUGAAAUGCGAAAAAUACAACAAGAAGGUAAAGAUAGAGAUGAUGAUAAUAAAACACAUCAACAAAGUUGGCGAUGGGGUGAAUUACCAAGUCCACCACCAGAUGUAACACAUUCAUUGACAUUGUCAUCAACAACAACUGUACCAGUUAAUGAUGCCGAAGCUCAAAGAUCAAUGCUAAGUGGAAUGUUUUCAUUUAUGAAAAAAACAUCACGUGUUAGACAUAAUCCAGAAUCUGAGGGUAUUUAUUUGAGUGAUAUUAAUGCUGAUGAAUUAGAUCCAGAAGUUGCUGCACUUUAUUUUCCAUCAUCACAUCGUGAAUCAACAGUAGCUAAAGAAAGAAAAGCUGCUGCUGCUGCUUCUGCUUCUGCUGCUAAUGAAGAUGAUGAAGAAGAAGAAGAAGAUACAGAAUCUGGUAAUGGACCAAGUUUACCACAAUCUCCAAAUAGUGUUGAUGGUGCAAUUGGUGGUUGUAAAAUGUUAGACAGUGAUUAUGAUGAGCAUAAAAAUACACUUGAAAUAACAAUGUCACUUUGUGGUGGUUUAGAUACUGAUACUGGUCCAACAAAUGAAUCAUUUAUUGAACAUCAAAUUCAUUAUGAUGACAUUUGUAAUGACAUAAAAAUAUAUGAUAAUCCAAAUUUGGUUAUUAAAAUUAAUGGUAAAUAUUAUAAUUGGAUGACGGCAUGUCCAAUUAUUGUAACAUUAGUUUCAUUUCAACGUUAUUUACCACAAAAUGCUGUUGAAAAUUUAUUACCAAUGCAUCAUCAAGAUGAUAAAAAAGAAAAUAUCAACAACAAUACUACCAAAGAUAAUGAAGCAAGAAGUGGUGGUGCUGGUGGUGGUGGUGGUUAUAGUUCAUGGUUUUCAUGGCGUAGAUCAACUUCUCAACCACCAAAAAAAAAUAUUGAUAUUAAUGAAGUUGAUGGACCAGUUCAAGUACAAUCAGUUGAUACAGUUGAAUUUAAAAAUAACGAAUUAAAUGAAACACCUGAAAUGACAAUUAAUAUAAUAAAAAAUAAUAAUGAUAAUAAUAAUUUAUCAUUAAAUACAACAGAUGAUAAUAAAAUAAUAAAAAAAUUAAGUAAAAAAAAAAGUAAUAAACAUGAUGGUGAGGGUUAUAGUGGUAGUGAAGAUUCAGAUAGUAAUGAAAAUAUAUCACAAGGUAUUAAAAUACCAAAAGAAAGACGUUCAUAUUAUGAAUCAAAUGAUAAAUAUCGUAAAACAUUACGUUUAUCAUCAGAACAAAUAGCAAGUUUAAAUUUAAAAGAAGGACCAAAUGAAGUUGUAUUUAGUGUUACAACAGCAUAUCAAGGUACAUCACGUUGUAAAUGUCAUAUAUAUAAAUGGCGUUGGGAUGAUAAAAUAGUUAUAUCUGAUAUUGAUGGUACAAUAACUAAAUCUGAUGUACUUGGUCAUAUAUUACCAAUUGUUGGAAAAGAUUGGGCACAAUCUGGUGUUGCACAAUUAUUUACUAAAAUUAAAAAUAAUGGAUAUAGAUUAUUAUAUUUAUCAGCACGUGCUAUUGGACAAGCAAGAGUUACACGUGAAUAUUUAAAAAGUAUUAAACAAGAUGAUUUAUCAUUACCAGAAGGACCAUUAUUAUUAAAUCCAACAAGUUUAAUAUCAGCAUUUCAUCGUGAAGUUAUUGAAAAAAAACCAGAACGUUUUAAAAUUUCUUGUUUGAGUGAUAUUCAAGCAUUAUUUCCAGAUGGUUCUAAACCAUUUUAUGCUGGUUAUGGUAAUCGUAUUAAUGAUGUUUGGGCUUAUCGAGCUGUUGGUAUUCCAAUUAUGAGAAUAUUUACAAUAAAUCAUCGUGGUGAAUUGAAACACGAAUUGACACAAACAUUCCAAUCAUCAUAUUCAAACAUGAGUUUUAUUGUUGAUCAACUAUUCCCAGCUUUUCGUGAAGAUGCUGCUGAUGAAUUUAGCAAUUUUUCAUACUGGCGUGAUCCAAUUUUGGAACUACCAAAUCUUGAAACUUUAAGUCUCGAUAACUCAACAGCUCAAUAAGAUAUAUUAAUUUAUUUAUUUCAAUCAAUUGUCUUAUACAGGAUAUGAUAAUAAUAAUAAUGAUAUGAUAACUAUUUAUAUGUAUGCCUUGGUAGUUGUCUUGUGUUGCGCAAUCAAUGAAAAAAUUGUAAACUCAAAUCUUUUUAUACUCAAAAUUAAUAGUUGCGAUAUUUAAAUAUGCUUGAUAGAAAUGAUGAUAAUAAAAAUAAUGUAGAAGCAGUGGCUUUAAUCACGUUCAAAAAAAAUUAAUUAUAAAUUAUUAAUGCAGAAAUUGUGAAUCGAAAUAAUAUACUGCGGCUGGGUUAACAACAUUUCAUUCAAUAGCAUUCCAAUAAUGGAUUUAUAAUUUAGAUAAAAAACCAACUACAUUAUUAGCAGUUUCAUGAAUUUUUUUUUUUUUUUUUUUUUUGGUAAAUUUAACAAAUAAAAAGCAAGGAAUUGUAAAUUAAUAUUUUCUGUUGAACAGAUUAUUUAUAAUUUUAAAAGUAAAACUUAAUUAAACAAAAAUAAAUUAUAAAAUAUAUAAAUUUAUAGUUUUCAGGGAUUUUCUAGUCUUGAUUACUAAUUAUAUUUUUUAUGAUAAUUUAUAAGUUUUGCUGUUAAAUUAAAUUAUUACUAUUUUUUCGGUA